CUCCAACAUCAGUUUUUUAACAGGAUUCUAUCUCUUGUUCUUCCAAGUGAAGAGAGAGAGAGAUAUCCUUUGAUUCAAUUACAGUGAUUAAUCUUGUAAGUUUUUGGGUUUGCAACGGACUUUGUCCAAGUGAAAUUUUCUUUUUGUUUUUGGUUCUGGGAUUGUAAUUUGUUGUUGGGUGUGCUUUGAAUCUUCGUUUAACAUUCCAAGUUUAAGCUACAAGGCAAGCUUUCUUUUUGGUUGGCAAAACAACGGCCAUUUUUGGUUAACUUUAUGGCUUUGGCAUUUACUCAUCUUUCAUGGUGGUUAUGGAGUGGAAAGCAUCAGGAGCCUAGAAUCUCAAAUGAUUCUUCUUUAAAUUCUUCUCCAGAUUCGGGUUUGUGGGAGUCAGAUAAUCUGAAGUUUCCCUUAGUUAGGAGGGCUAACAUGGCCUCUUCAUCUAGGAGGUUAAAAAGAAAAUGGCAAAGCCGAGAACAGAGGAAAAUUGACCGGGAAUAUGAUGUUGUUCUUGUGCCAUCUGAUGGUGGAUGUGUUUCGGUGUCUGAGUCUGAUGAUUCAGAUUACUCAAUUGGAUGGUUGGAGCCUCAUGGACCUGGAUUUCAGAGUGAUGAUGAUGUGGACAAUAGUUUUGCUGUGCUGGUUCCAUGCUAUGGGAAUGUUCAGGAUAACGUGGUGGAGGAUACAAACAAAAAUAUUUUGGGUGCUAUUGUUGACAUCCCCGAUAGCUACUUUGCUGAGAGCAAGAAGCAUAUGGAACAAUGGCUCUCUUCCCUCCAGAACAGCUGACAUCGCUGAGUACUGAUGCUUGCGCAUAAAUCUAUAUUAUCCCAGUUCUGUGGCUGCUGCCUAAUCUUCUGGCAGGACAUGUUCUAUUGUUUUAAAAAAUGGAUAAAUAAUGUACAAAGAUAUAAUAGAAACAUUCCCCCCUUAAAAAACAAAAAAAAAAAUGCUAGUCAGCCUGAGCAUAUUGUAACCGGUUGAAGAGGGUUGCUGUCUCUUGGUUUGGAGCUAAUAAGUAUUUGGUGAGGAGAAAUGGUGAUGACUGAAGCACUAAUGGUGGUCUCAGUAGCAGAAGUAACACUCAAUUUUGCUUCUUCUGUCAAAUAUAUUGUGAGAAGCUUAUGAGUACCCAGAAUCAAGGAGGUUAAUGUGUAGUGUAUGUAUUCUCGGUAGACAAAAAAAAAAAAAAAAAAAAAAACUGAGAAAAAGAAAAAGAGAGAGGAAAGUAUGGUCUGAAUGCUUGUGAUUUUAAUUCUUUAAUGUAAACAUAGUUGUAAAUAUGGAAGGUGUUUAAUGCUCCAUCUUCCUAUUGUAAAUAACUGAUGGUAUUAUGUAAAUAUAUGAACUUUAUAAAA